AUGCAUCGACUUCUCCCCCCUAACUCUGCGAAGAACCGCUGGCUGGGAAUCGUCCUCGUGAGCGCUGCGGCCGCCGGCGCCGGCGCCUACAUUCGAUCGCAGACUCCUCAAUCAGGAACUUUGAACCCGGAAAAAUUCACAAAGUACAGUCUUGUGGCCAGAGAGCCUGUGUCUGCGACGAGCAGCCUGUUCACGCUUCGCCCGCGAUACCCAAGCGACAGCAACUACGACGUGUACGAAGACGCCUGGCGAACCGGGGUAUGGAGUGUGAUGUUCAAGCAACCCCAGUUGCAAAUUGGUCGCGAUUAUACACCUUUGCCGACGACAGCAGCUACAUCGUUAAGUGUAGACGAAGAAAAUGAAGGCUACCUGCGAUUUUUCAUUCGAAAGGACCCGUUCGGAGAAGUCUCGCGAUAUCUGCACACCUUGAAAAUAGGUGCGGAUAUUGAAAUGCGAGGACCGCAAAUCGAGUGCGCUAUCCCUAAGGAAACGAAUGAGAUACUAUUCAUUGCUGGCGGAACGGGUAUUGCUCCGGCCUUGCAGGCGGGAUAUUCCCUCUUGAGCCGUACGACUCGCGAAAACCGACCGAGGAUACAUAUUCUAUGGGCUAGUCGCUUGAGGGAAGAUUGCAUUGGCGGUGAGAGUGAUACAGCCAAAGCUCCCUUGCGUCGAUCCUGGUACUCGGGGUGGUUUGGCUCUUCCGAGAGCACUCCCUCCAGCACUCGGGCUGUUGCGGCAGUCUCCCCGAAGCAGGCCACUUCUCUCAUUGUAAAGGAGCUAGAGGCUCUCAAAUCCCAAUACCCAGAGCAGAUUACGGUGGACUAUUUCUUGGACGAGGAGAACAGGUUCAUUGGAAAGCAAGAUAUCUCCAAGCUCAUCGAGUCCACAGGCCCUACAGAUGGGUUGCGCAAGAGCAAAAUGAUAUUGGUUUCAGGCCCUGAAGGUUUCAUCAGCUAUAUGGCCGGUCCCAAAGUCUGGGCACAAGGACAGGAGCUACAGGGACCCCUAAUGGGAAUCAUCAAGGAACUCAAUCUCAAGGACUGGGGGGUGUGGAAACUCUGA